AGGAACAAAAAAAAAUCAACUCAAGCAAAGGAAACAAAGGGAGAAGUGUGAAAGAAGAAUUAGUUUGCACCUUAUUCUAAUCAUACAAUUUACAACUUACAAUUACAGUUGUACUCUACCCAACAUUACAAUUAAAGAUCCACUUCUUUUCGUCAUACAAUCCAUAAUAAAUAUCCGAAGACCCUUAAUUAAUCCCUUACCCAAAUCAAUUUUUUCAUUUUACAUAUUUCUUUUCUGUAACAAAAAUUUCAAAAAAACAUUACCCACAAUAAAUUUCCCAUCAAUCACUCAUAAAUUUCUAUCUUUCAAAAAAAAUCAAGAUAAUUCCUUACAAAUCUGAAGAACUGGAGUCGUCAGGGGGAGUAAACGGUAAGAUCAGGUACAGAUCGCCAUCAUCGGCGGAAUUAGCAUCAGAAACUCAACAAACAACUUCAUUAUCAUCAAACCCAGUUGGGAUUUCUAUAUCUUCACCUUCAUUGUUAUCUGAUUCUACCCAUUUACAAGACCCUGACAAAAUGCUCAAGAGAAAUAAGUAUCAACAAGAAUCUUUCUUCGAUAAAUUGUACAAGUAUCGUGGAAUUAUUCUUGUAAUUACAUUACCACUUUUGUUGAUCUCCUUUGUUUUAUACAUGAUGCCGAGAGUUACUGAUGAUGAUGGGUAUUCUCCUAGAAAGAUGAAAAGUGGUUUGAUUUCUGUGAAUGGUGAUUAUAGAUAUGCUGUGAUCUUUGAUGCUGGAAGUUCUGGAAGUAGAGUUCAUGUUUUUUGUUUUGAUAAGAAUAUGGAUCUUGUUCCGAUUGGUAAUGAUCUUGAGCUUUUCUCUCAGAAAAAACCGGGUCUAAGUUCAUAUGCAAGCAAUCCUCAUGAAGCUGCAGAGUCACUGGUUUCUCUUCUAGAGCAGGCGGAAGCUGUUGUUCCAAAGGCGUUGCAACCGAAGACUCCAGUCAGAGUUGGGGCAACUGCAGGGUUAAGGCAACUGGCUGGCGAUGCACCGGAAAAAAUAUUGCAAGCAGUCAGAGACCUGCUCAACGAUAGAAGUGAUCUGAAAUUAGAGGGAAAUGGGGUCGCUGUUUUGGAUGGAACCCAGGAAGGUUCUUUUCAGUGGGUGACAAUAAACUACCUUUUAGGGAACUUAGGGAAGACGUACUCGAAUACAGUUGGAGUAGUUGAUCUUGGUGGUGGUUCUGUUCAAAUGGCAUAUGCUGUUUCUGAAAGUGAUGCUGCUAAGGCUCCAAAGGUAUCAGAUGGUGAAGAGGUAUAUAUUAGGGAUAUGUAUCUCAAGGGUAGGAAAUAUCACCUAUAUGUGCAUAGCUACUUGCACUAUGGUUUACUAGCAGCUCGUGCUGAGAUUCUGAAGGCAGUUGGACAUGCGGAAAAUCCAUGCAUAUUGACAGGCUAUCAAGGGGUUUAUACCUAUGGAGGUGUUAAGUAUGAUGUGGCAGCUUCUCUAUCUGGCGCAAAUGUGGAUACUUGCAGAGCUUUUACGUCGAAGGCUCUUAAAGUCAAUGACACAUGUACACACAUGCAGUGCUCUUUUGGCGGUGUUUGGAAUGGCGGUAGGGGUGAUGGACAGAAGAAUCUGUUUGUUGCCUCUUUUUUCUUUGAUAGAGCAGCUGAGGCUGGUUUUAUCGAUUCUAAGAAGCCGGUUGUCACUGUGACCCCUUCAGCUUUCAAGGAGGCUGCUAGGAUUGCUUGUGGCACCAAAAUCGAAGACGGGAAGUCCAAAUAUAAAAAUGUCGAAGAAGAUAAUCUGCCUUAUCUAUGCAUGGAUCUCGUCUACCAAUACACGCUACUUGUGGAUGGUUUUGGCCUAGAACCUUCACAAACGAUGACAUUGGUGAAGCAAGUGCCUUAUGGAAAUUAUCAAGUGGAAGCGGCAUGGCCACUAGGAAGUGCCAUCGAGGCCAUGUCGUCCUUGGCUUAAAAUCGAGAUUCUUUGCUGUUGAGGCGAUUUCUCCCAGGCUAAUCUUUUUGAUGGAAUUCAGUUUUGGCCACUGCUAAUAUCGGUUGGUCGACUGGUUUAGAAGUUUUGACAUGGCUUCUUUGUUACGCAGAUCGGUACCAAAAUUUAUUCAGAGAGGUGUUAUUGGAUUACAUUGGAGAGUUACUUCUCUCUUUCAUUAAGUUUUGUGAUUAUAUUUUAAACAAUACAAUCAGCUCAUUGAAUUUUUAUAGAAUACAUUUGGAUAUGUGAACCUCCUGUCUUUGGUUGAACAAUUUUUUAUCGUCUCUUUUUUGGGCGUUCCUUGUA